AUGGUGGACUUCUCUUUAAGAAAAACAAAAGCAUUCAAAUCCACACAGGCAUCAAAAGGUUCUAAUCCAUACGCUAGUCUAAAGAACAACAAUUAUGAUCAAAAUCAUCAAAAUGUUAAAUUACCUUCAAUUGCUAAAAAAGAUCAGGAGAAAAUUGGGAAACUAAUGCAAAGAAGAAUGUCUAUUCAUCAAAGUCAAUUACCAAACAUGUAUCAAUCAAAUGAGAAUGGCCAAAGUGUUCCUGCAUUGCCUAAUAAUGGGAUUAUCCCUUCAAGACUUGGUGGGAAUGUCAUCAAUGUUUCUGAGAUUACACAGGGAACACAGGGAAGAGCUACAACUAGAAUUCCUAGUAAUCCUGGUGCUAAUAUUGCAGUUGGUGGUGGUAAAUCAACCACUAAAAAUAUGGAUUUACAAGAUCCUGCUGUUAUUCAAUUAUUAACAGAUUCUGAAUUUAACCCUCAAGAUUUCAUUAGAUCAAGACUUGGUGAUUCUACUGCAUCAGAUAUUGAUAGAUUUAAUUCUAAUUUAACAAGUUUAAAUAAAAGAAUUAAUAAUGAUAUUAAAAUCGCAUCAAAUCAAACUUUUGAUAAAUUAUCAAAUGCAACAAAAGAAUUACAAAAAACUGAUUUAGAAUUGAAAUUCUUGAGAAAUUCUAUAAAUGAAUUAAUGGAAUUAACUAAUGAUAUGAAAAUUCAAGCUGAAAAAAAAAUUCAAUUAGAAUUUGUUCAAACUAAUGAAUUAACAAAGACAAAUUCCACCAAGAAUCGUCAAAAGCGGGCACAAGAUAGAAGUUCAAUCCUUGUAUUAGAGAAAAUGUGGGCAAAUGAAAUGAAUUCAUUAUUUAAACAUGUUGAAGGUGCACAAAAAUUCAUUGCUGCAAUUCCAGGACGUCAUGUUAUAACUGAAAGUGGUCGUUGGUAUGAAUUAAAUUCUGCAACUUUUAAAACUUUACAACCUGCACAUAUUUUCCUAUUAAAUGAUUUGGUAUUAAUUGCAACAAGAAGACGUAAAAAUGGAAUGAAAUCAAAAGAUUCAUCAUCUGUUAAAAUUCAAUCACUUGUUGCUGAUCAAUGUUGGCCAUUAAGAGAAGUUCAAUUUAUUGAAAUACCAAAUUCUCACGACUCUAAAGAAGUCUAUACUAUAAAUAUUAAAUAUAAUAGCUUAAGCUAUAUAUAUCAAACUGAUAGAUUAGAUCAUUAUAAUAAAAUUUUAUCAGGUUAUAAAAAAGCAAGAAAUGAAUUACGUGAUAUUUCAGAAGCUGAAAAUAUAAAACAAAGACAAUUAAGAGAUUCAAUGACUUUAUUAUCAAUUGGUGGGGAUAAUAAACCAGUAACCAAUGGUAAUGGUACCAAUGGUUCUUCAACUCCAAAUAGACAUAGUUAUCAUAAUAAAAGAAAUAGUAAUGUUAUAUUACAAGAUUUAAGUACCAGGAUGCAUAGUCGAUCAAGAAGUAUGGAUAAUUCAAAUACUUUAAGAUCAUUAAAGAAAAUUGAUGAUAUGGUUGAUGAAUUAGAUGUUUUGAUAUUUCAUGAAUUAUUUGAAGAAAGUUUAACAAAACUGAAUGAAUUAGAAAUUGAUCUUGAUAUGCAAAAAAAUCAAUGUAAUAAUGAAGAAAUAUUAUUUUUCAAUAUUAUAAAAUUAAAAAUUAAUUCACAAAAAGAUGAAAUUAUCAAAAAAUUAAUAAAUUUGAUAAAUAAACCAGAAGUACAAUCUAUAAAUUUAAUUGAGAUUGAAUCAUCAAUUAAUUUAUUAAUUAAAUUAAACCUGGUUGAUAUUGCCAAAAUCUUAUUAUUAAAUAAUAGAUCAUCAUAUAUAAAUUCAUUAAUUUCAAAAGUUGAAGAAUCCAAAACUCAAAUAACAAAUUAUAUUGAAGAAAUUACAAUAAUUAGAAUUCAAAAUUUAAAAUCAACAAUUAAAUUAUUUAAAUCACUUUUCCCCCAAACACCAUCAAAUUUAAGUUAUUUAGUUGAAUGGGGGUUAGAUGAAAUUAAAUCACAUAUUAGAAUUUUACAAAAAUCUAUAAAUGGUGUUGUAUUACCUAAAACAAGUUUACAAUCUUCAAUUUUAAUUAUUCAUAGACAAGUUAUGGAUUUGAAAUUGGCUGGAUUGGAUGUUGAAUAUCUUUUUGAUGAUUUUUAUAAGUCUAUUGAUACAAAAUGA